GGAGCUGGCUCGGCUCCGCCCCGGGAUCUAGGCCCAGAUGAGGGGCAGAGAGGGGGUAGUGCCGCGACCUCGGGGUACAGACCCAGAGUGGAGGGCCCGGAGGAACAGGCAGGGGCAGAGUGAAUUCGACGUCCCCAAGACUGGCGGCGGCCAGGGAAGCAUACUGGCAUGGGCCAGUGCUGGGGCAGAGGUGUUCACAGAGCGCUGUGCCCGGCGAUGAGUGGCCAGAAUUUCCAUGAUUGGUUUUACAGAGCAGGUUUUGUUUGAGCUGGGUCUUGAGAUAAAUACGAGUUUGCAAGUGCAGGAGGAAGGAGCUGGAUCUUCAGGCAGGGGGAACUGCAGGUGCAAGGGCACAAAUCUCGGCAAGGAAAGGGUUUUGGUUCAUGAUGGGGUGGUGACGGGACAGGGCGUGAGGUGGUCUUGCAGGAGAUAAUCCUGAAGUAAGCUGGGUCGCUGAAUGGUGACUGGAAUUGUCAGCAGUGCAGAGGAUUUAGGCUUUUUUAGAUAGGCAAAGGUGAACCAGCCAAAGCCUUUGAGCCUUGGAGUGCUGGAUCAGUUGUGGGGACUUUGUAGGACAAGGACUGAUAUGAAAUGAACUGGAAUGGGCCCCUCCAUAGUAUGGAGAUUGAGAUCCGGAAUGAGGCAGUUUCUGAGAAUUAGAAGCAGUCCUGAUGGCCCUAAGUUGGCCCUGUUUGUAUUUCUUAAGCGAGAAAGAGAAAAAGGAAAGAAAGGUGCAGGAGCUGGGGCUCUCGGAGAUACAGAGAAAGGGUCAUUGAGGUUAGAAUGUGGGGAAGAAAGAGUAGGGUGGGGUGUUACAGAGGGUGUGUUGAGGUGGGCAAGCCCAGGGAGUAGAGUCAGGAUUCUGCCCUAUUGAGAACAGCCUCUAGAACAGUCUGAAUGUUCUGAGGUGCCCUGAACCACUGUUUCUGCUGGUGGCAGUGACUCAGAGGGAGAGAAGCACAAGUGUCCGCCCCAGGGAAAGCCGGGGAGGUAGGAGGGAGGAUAGAAGGUAGGUAAGGGAGGACAGUAGGUAGGUAAGAGCCAGAGAGUCAAACAGGCCUGAAUUCUCUCUCAGUUCUGCGACUUGGGGAGAGGUUAAUCUCUGAGCCUUGGUUUCCUCUUCUAUAAAAUGGAUCUCAUACCCUCCUCAGAUGCUGUGACGCACACACAGAGUAAUGUACGUAAAGUGCUUGGCACAGUUGGUGGUAGUUGCUCUUGUCAAGGAUUGGUGACCUCUGAGGGAGACACACUGGAGAAAGGAUGGCAGCUAGAGCACAUGUAGGGAUGGAGAGGGAAAACUUGCAGAGACUUAUGCAAAAGAUGAGGGGAUGUUUGCUGAAGUAAAAAUGAAGAGACAUGAGAAGAUUGAUGGCUGAUCCCUUAUAUCUUUGAGUCAGUGACCUUCGAGGACGUGGCCAUCUACUUCUCUGAAAACGAAUGGACUGGCCUGGCCCCUGCUCAGAGGGCCCUGUACAGGGAUGUGAUGCUGGAGAAUUAUGGGGCUGUGGCUUCCCUGGCAGCGUUUCCAUUUCCCAAACCGGCUCUGAUUUUCCAGCUGGAGCAAGGGGAAGCACCCUGGAGCUCGGCUCCGCAGGGAGCUCUGGAUGGAGAGGGCCCGAGGGGCAUCUCCUCAGGAUAUCCGUUUCUAAAGCCUGCUGGGGUCUCCCAUCUUGAGGAGGUGGAAGAGCCAUUGAAACGGAAACUGCAAGGAGAGGGUCCAAGCUUAAUUUGUACUGAGGGUGUGUUGAAGAGUAAGAAAAAAGAUUUUAUUCUGAAGAACAUUUUUGAGGAGGCGCAGGACCACAUGGUGCUAUCAAGUGGACCCCAGUGGUAUGACUCCCAGGAAUUCUGGCUUGGAAAAACCUGUGAAGAGGAGAAAAGCAGGUUAGGGAGAUGGCCUGACUACCCCAACAGGGGAAAUGUGGAGAACACUACAAGUGACAUUAUACAAGUGAUUGUCAGAGAUGAGAUGAUCUCAGUAAAGGAGUGUUCAGGGCAUGCUGAUGUUCAUACCCACCUUCUUGUACGUCAGAAGAUUCUAAGUGACCAGGUGUUCUAUAUAUGUGAGGAAUGUGGCAAGUGUUUUGAUCAAAAUGAAGACUUUGAUCAACAUCAGAGAAUUCAUAACGGGGAGAAAGUCUAUGGGUGUAAGGAAUGCGGGAAGACUUUCAGUUUUAGAUCACAUUGUAUUGCACAUCAGAGGGUUCAUACUGGGGUGAAACCCUACGUGUGCCAAGAAUGUGCUAAAGCCUUUGUUUGGAAGUCAAACCUGAUUCGGCACCAGAGAAUCCAUACUGGAGAGAAACCCUUUGAAUGUAAAGAAUGCGGGAAGGGCUUUAGUCAGAACACAAGCCUUACACAACAUCAGCGAAUCCACACGGGGGAGAAACCAUACAUGUGUAAGGAAUGUGGGAAAAGUUUUACUCGGAACCCAGCCCUUCUUCGACAUCAGAGAAUCCACACUGGGGAGAAGCCUUAUGAAUGUAAAGACUGUGGGAAGGGCUUCAUGUGGAACUCGGAUCUUGCUCAGCACCAAAGGGUCCACACUGGGGAGAAGCCUCAUGAAUGUAUGGACUGUGGGAAAAGCUUCAUUUGCAAGGCACACCUUAUUCGUCAUCAGAGAAUCCAUACCGGGGAAAGACCCUAUAAAUGUAAUGACUGUGAGAAGGCCUUCAGUCAGAAUUCUGUCUUGAUUAAGCACCAGAGGCGCCAUGCUAGAGAGAAACCCUGUAACUGUCAGACCUCUCACCUUCUUGAACAUUACAGGAUGCAUGAUGGUGAUACUUACUUAUAAUUCUUAUGUUGUAGGAACCCCAACAAAAUGAAAUGACUGCCCACAGUUUUGUUAUAACUAUGGCAUCCAGUAUUAUCUUGCCCCUUCUCCUGCACGGAUACCCUGUUCUCUCGUAAGACUGGUCUGCCGUUCAACCAUAUUCACGCUAGGUGACAUUUAGUUGAGUACCUACCAUGCGUCACAUAGUGUGGUAACCACUUUACGUACAUUCUUUAACUUUUCUUAAUCCUGUGAGGUAGGUGCUCUUAUCCCCAUUUUAUAAAUGAGAAAUCUGAGGUUAUAAAACUCAUUGAAGUUUGUUCAGUGGUAAAGUUUAGAACUGAGAUUGGACCCAGGCCUAUAUGACUCCAGAAUCUACUGUUCUUUACCUGUAUUCGUUUCUGUUUCUGCCUAUUUUUAUUUGUUCAAGUUUCCCUGAGCUGAAAGUUUCCCUUCCUUAUCUAAGACCCACUUCUUCAUUGACCAGAACCCUCUUUGUCUUGUACUUGUAGUCAGUACCACCCAAGUUGGUACUUAAUUAUGUGCUAUCUUACAUUUUUUGAAUAGUCUCAUGCUUGCUAGUCCAGCUAAAUGGUGCUUUGAGGACCAACACUGCAUUUUUAAAAAAUGUUUUUCAAAUUUUGAAACAUUUAUUUUUGACUAGAUGUAACAUGCUCGUGAUAAAAAAAAUUGAAAUAGUUCAAAAAGGUGUUCAGUGAAAAGUAAAUUUCCUUGUCAUUCCUGUCUCCCAGCCCUUCUCAGAGAUAAUACAUUGUUGUUGUGUCUUUCUGGAUAUAUUCUUUAUAUAUAUCUAUAUCUAUAUCUAUAUCUAUAUCUAUACCUAUCUAUCUAUCUAUCUAUCUACCUAUCUAUCUAUCUACCUAUCUAUAUUGCUUUUCAUAAGUCUACCUCAGUGAAAACCGAAUUUGAUAUAAUGACAUUGCAGUUACAUUGCAACCUCCAGGACCUUCUCUUCCUCAGAAGUUAUGGUCCUCCUUGAGGUCACCAAGAUAACUUAAAGAAAGCAGUGGAGGUAGUCUGGGUUCUGUAGUCUUCGGAGACCUGAUUGCCCUUGUGUUAUGAGAGUACUCUGGGACUGCGAAAAUGUGAAUCAAGUGGGAAAUGUUUUUUCCAUAAAAAUUUGUAUAGCUACAACCCCUCUCAUUGUAUCACUAUCCUGAAUUCUCUCCUAUCCUGUCCCCUUCUCAUCACCAUAAUACCCACAUCCUGAAGUAAGUUAGGGGCCAUCACCACAGGAGGGAGAAUGGUCACUCUCUGAUGAUGGUUAAUGCUCUGCUGAGUGUCCUCAACCAGUUAGCAGUGGAAAUACUGUCCAGUAUCUUGGCCUCAUAGUCACAAAUGCCCUCACUGGAUCCAGGAUCAAAGAUAAAAUAAAUGCUAGGAACACAUAGAUUCUACCCAGCAAGCAAAGGGAAAGUGAAGGAUUCCAGAAUUAACUAUACUUGAAAUCAGGAGUCUAUAAAAUAAAACAAUAUUAUAAAAGGGGAAUACAGGCUGUUAAAAUAUUAACCGUGAAGAAAUGCAGGAUAUUAAUGAAUGGUGUGAACCAUCUUAAAGGGUCAGAGAACCAAAGGCCGUAUUCAGAGGAGAAGAACACGGGCCCAAACAGAUGAGACCUCCAUUCCAGACGCCCCAGCUUUAGAGCAGUUGGCCCCGUUGGCUAUUUAGGCAUCCCAUCUACGAGCUCCCAGCCAGUGAAUAUAAUUGUUGAUGAAGGAGCAAGGAAGAGAAGCCAGAAGCCUUCUCAGACCAAACUUCUGCUUCCUGAAAAUGACAAAUGUACCAAUAACUCUAGAGUCCCUGACUGCUGAAGCCUAAGGCCAGGUAGUGAGGAGAAACUGGCCUAGCAUAGUCCAGCUAGCGGGGCCUAAUAAGCAGUAAAAAUUUUGCUUUGUACUACACAGAUCCAGGAAAUGGAAAUGAGCAAUGUGAACAUGUGUCUGGGGGAAGUUGUUUAUUGAGCAAAUAUUACUGAGCACCUGCCAGUAUGAAAAGCACUAUGCCAGGGGCUGCAGAGGAAUGGUGAAUCAGACCUGCUUCCUGCCUUCCUGGAACAUUAUUCUAGUGAAAGAGACCAGCCGAAAAAAAAAAAUCAGGAAUAAAAUUAUUAAAGUUUGCUAAGUGCUAUGGAGGGAAUGAACAAGGUACAGAAAGAGGGGGCCCUUUAUAUAGAUGCUCAGGAAAGACCUAUCCUAGGAGGAAACAUGAGAGCUAAGGAUGAGCAAAAGUCUCUUGUAUCCAGAACAGCAGGCAGAUGAAACAGUUGUGCAGAUUCCCUAAUGUGUGAAGAGUUUGGUGUGUUCAAGAGACCAGAUGGUUUUAGCGUAAUGAUCAGGGUAGGUGUGGCACCACUGAGGAUUGUAGAGAUAGAUGAGUUAGAUCAUUCAAUUCCAUCCUAAUUGAAAAGAAGUCACUGAAGGGUAUUCAGUGGAGGAAUGACAUGUUUGAUUCAUAUUUUAAGAUGAUGAUAAAUUCUCUGGCUGUUGAUAGAAAAUAGGUUGUAAGGGGACAAAAGUGAAUGUAGUUGGAAAGUUGGAGACGAUGGUGGCCUGGAGAGGGAGGUGGUAAUGGAAAUGAAGAGAAGGUGGAUAUAAGAUAUAUUUUGGAAAUAAAAUCAGUGAGCUGCUAAUGGGUUGUACACAAGGAUAGUGGACAGGGAGGAACCAGGGACAGGUUCUGGUUUCUGGCUUGAGCAGCUGGGUUAGACAGUGGUGCCACUUACUGGAAUGAAUAAGACUGGAAUGGGAAUAGGUUUGGGGAUGGAAAAAUCUAGAACUCUGUUUUGGAUUAACAUUUGUGACGUUUGUGAGAUCUGUAAUUAGAAAUUUCAAGUAGGUGGUGUUAUACAUGGGUUGGAGCUCUGGGUUAGUGAUAUCUGGAGCUGUACAUGUGGGAGUGAUCAAAUGAGCAGGAGGCAUUUAAAUCCAUGGGAAGAAAUGAAUGAAAUCCCCUAGAGCUGCACUGUCCAAUAUAGUAGCUGCUAGCCACAUGUGGGUAUUAAAGUUAAAUUAAAAAUUUAGGUCCUUAGCUAGAUUUCAAGCACGCAAUAACUCUAUGUGGCAGUUGGCUACCAUAUUAGAUAACAUAGGCUUAGAACAUUUUCAUUAUUGCAGAAAGGUCUAUUGGACAGUACCGUCCCCAGAGAGUGCAGCAAAAUGUAAGGACCCGGGAUGGAGUCCUGUGGAAUACCAGAUCAGUAUUUAGGCAACUGGACACGCGGAAGUGCCUGUCAGCCUGGGGCCAAUCAGGAGACAGACACCAACAGUGAUUUGAAAGGGGAAGUUUAAUAUAAAGAAUUAUUAAGCUAUGAUGAAAGAGUAGCCUAUAAGAGGUGAGAGAACUCUGUAUGGUACUCUAGUGCUUCUGGAGUAUACCCAUGGAAGGACAAACCUGGAAGGGAGGCCUCGCCCCAAGGCUGGGGUUCAGACCUUGUUGAAGAAGGUGUAGUUGUGGCCCAUUGAUGGCAGAGACACUCACUGGUUUGCUCAGGCCAGAGCUGAUUUAUAGCUUCUGAUCAAGUAGGAAACAACCUUCCAGGACACAGCCAAUCCAUAGCCAGUGAACAGAUACGCCAAUGGUACCACUGUGGGCGAGGGCACCCUUUGUUUACAUUGGGAGAAUCACCAGAGACCAGCCCGGGGUGGAGGUGUUUAUUGGAGAUUGCCAUGCAUACUAAUAAGUAUAAGAUUAGGAUCUAAUGCACAUAGAAGCAGUCAUGACCACCAGGCAAAUACGCAAAGAAGAAAAUGGCCAUCUGGACUCCCUAAAGUUUAUGUUAAUACGUUUUUUAAAGGAAAAUAUUUGCCAUUGAUGUAUGUCAUUAAAUGAGUAUUUUCCUUUUAGGUUUAUUGGUUUAUGACAUGUGGCUUAUCCUUCAGAGAAUGUUCACAUAGUAUAAAUUUUUUCGUAUACCAAUGAGAAAAAUGUUCACAGUAUUGCACAAAUUAUAAAGGCAAAAUAUACCUACAAUUCCACUAUCCCAAGAGAUCAUACUUUCAUUUUUAUAUGUCCACUCUUAGUCCUUGUCCCAUAUGCAUAUAUGAUUUAUAUAAUCUUAAUCAUAACAAAAUAUUUUUUAACUUUUUUAUUGAGUUAUAGUCGUUUUACAAUGUUGUGUCAAAUACCAGUGUUGAGCACAAUUUUUCAGUUAUUCAUGAACAUACACAUAUUCAUCGUAACAUUUUUUUUUUCACUGUGAGCUACCACAAGAUCUUGUAUAUAUUUCCCCAUGCUAUACAGUAUAAUCUUGUUUAUCUAUUCUACAUUUUAAAUAAAAUCUCAGUCUGUCCCUUCCCACCCCCCGCCCCCUUGGCAACCACAAGUUUGUAUUAUAUGUCUAUGAGUCUGCUUCUGUUUUGUAUAUAUGUUCUGUUUUUUUUUGGAUUCCACAUAUGAGCGAUCUCAUACGGUAUUUUCUUUCUCUUUCUGGCUUACUUCACUUAGAAUGACAUUCUCCAGGAACAUCAGUGUUGCUGCAAAGAAAAUAUUUUUAAUGACUAUUAUCCUAGGCAAAUUCUCUCUCCCCUGUUCCAUGUGAUUUUCAUGACUUGCUAUUUAUAGUCACAUGUCCUUAGAUGUAUCCUAAUUAACUCUUCCUCUCACCAAAUGGUAAAUUAAUUUUAGGGCAGUACAUUUGUCUUAAAUAGUCUUUUAAUCCAAAGCAUCCAUCACAGUGUCUGACACACAGUAGGCAGUAAAUUUUCAUUAUUUGAAGUUACUUGGUGGACAUUUAGGACAAUUCUUAUUGUUAGCUGUUAAUAAUGCAAUAGUCAGUUUGGUGAUUAUAGCUUUUUUUGCUUCUUUUGAAUUAUUUCCUUUGGAUCAGUUGUCAGGAAUGAGAAUACAAACCCAGAGGUAUGAACACUUUUGUUUCUGAAACAUGUCGCUACAUGUAGUUUAUUAAAGUUUAUACCAAUUUAUUCUGCUUCCAGCAAUGUGGCAAGUUUGCAUUUGCUUGCAACCAACAGUGGAUAUUAUAAUUAAAAAAUAGAAUGUUAACUUAGUAAGUGUAAAAUGGGAAUUCAGGUUUUUAAAACACUUCUUCAGUAUAAAUUGUGAGAUUGAAUGUUUUUUCAUGUUAGUUUCCCAGUUCUACUUCCUAUUGUGUCAAUAGUUCAUACCAUGUAACCUUUUAUCUGCCAAGUUUUAAAUAUUUUUAAAAAAGAAUUUAAAAUCUUUUAAAAAAUAGAUGUCACCUCCCCCCCCCAAGAAAUCAGAGGAAAAUGUUGUUAUCAGCAAUGAUCGUCUCUCCUUGAAAGUGUCUGUCUUUCCUCAGAUUUUACGUUAAGUUGUUUACACUGAGACUUGAGCACUCUGAUGUGUUCAGGGAAAAUUUUCAGAUGGGCUGUUUUUUACUGUAAGGGUGGGGCCAUAUUCUUCAGUUUUCUACAUCUUGAGAAGAGGUGGAUUUCUGGAUUGAUUAAUUUCUCAAAGUGGACCACAUUUGGAAAAAAACAGUGAACAGCUGCUUGUAGAUAUUCAGUACCAACCAAUGCAACGUGAUGAUGUUUGAGAGAGAGGAGGUACGUAAACGAAUCUCACAUUCACUCAGAACUUCUCCUUGGGAAUACUUACCUAAUUGUGGCUCGGAGAGUUACAGCCUUUCUGUGUGUAGAAGAGACAGAGCUCAGGCCCUCUGCAUGUUUGUUUGUUUGUUUGUUUGUUUGUUUGUUUGUUUUUUAACAUUGUAUAGGUAUGGAUAAAUGUGUUGAAAAAGCACCAAAUAGUUCACAAGAGGUGGUGUGGGGAGGAAUGAGGGACAACAUUACUGCUUGGCUGAUUCCAGAGCCAUUUCCAGGUCUACCCUGUGUGGUUGUGAUAACCGUGCCCUGACAAGGGGAACUGGUGUAAGGGGCACAUGGGGAGUUGAAAUCCUGCCCUUGUUCCAUUCGCCAUGUGUCACGUACCCAUGAGAUUGUAUCUGUUUAGGGGCUGUUCUUUCCUAAUAUGUACUGAUGUGCCGUGUGGGCUGUUCUGGCCUUUCCCAGCAUUUUUCUCUAGUGCUGUCUUUCACUACAGCACAUAGGAAAGUUAUGAUAUUCAUAUUUCCAGUCUAUCUUGCAGUGGUCAUGGUACUGGCUGUUAUGUGUCUCCUAGUCUCUAUUCUCUCCUGCUUCCACAGAAACUGCUAAAUCUCCCAGUUUCCCCUGCAGGCAUGUUUGGCUACUCGACCAACUUCUGGCCAUUGUGAAAUGGUCUGUGUCGCUCUCUAGCCAUGCACUUAAAUGUGUGCCCAGCACCAUCAUUAGACAUAAGAAAACAAGGUCCCACCCCAGGGCAUGUGCCUAGGGUGUGCAGGGGACCUUGCAGGGGAUGGGCAUUUCUUGGGUGAAUUGAACUGCUCUUCUCACUCUUCCCAUGGACCCAUUGCUUAGCUCCCCACUGCUGUCGGUGGACGGAAGGGAGAGGGGUGACCAGCAUCGAAAGACAGCACUGUCUAGGAAUGCGGUGAUUAUAGCAGUUGCUAUGGUCUCAAUGCUUGUGUCCCCCUCAAAAUUCCUAUGUUGAAAUCCUAAUCCUGAUUUUAUGGUAUUGGGAGGCAGGGCCUUCGGGAGGAGCUCUCAUGGCUUAGCGUUCUUAUAAAAAGAUCCCACAGAGCUCCUUAGCCCCCUUCCACCAUGUGAGGACACAGCAAAAUGGUCCUGUCUAUGAACCAGGAAGAGGGCCCCCCCCAGAAUUCAACUGUGCUGGUGACUUGAUCGCGAAUGUCCCAGCAUCCGUAACUGUAAGAAAUUUCUGUUGUUUAUAAGCUACCCAGUCUAUGGCAUAUUGUUUUAGCAGCCUGAACGGACUAAGACGGCAGUUCAAGAGAAAUCAUGGUUGUAACAUCUGUGAUUCAAUGAUUAUGCUAUAUCACAUUCCAAAUGGUAAAUGUAACAUGACCAGAAAACAUUAUAAUUCAUAUUUUCCUGCAUAUUCCGUGUAAGUCUUGUAUUUGCAGUCAUUGUAAUAACCGUUGAGGAUGUCACUGGAAGCCAGUAUUCGUGGGUGGCAUAAUGAUGCAAUUUCUUUAGUAAUGAUGUAACCAGCAUUCAAUAAAUAGUAUUAAAGAACUGAA